AUGAUCACAUCCUCGCCCACAAUCUCCCAACCGCCCUCGCCCACGACUGCCUUCCACCCCCCGGCUGCCCACCGCCCCUACCAGCAUGCCUCACGACGCCCGUCGGCCUCGUCCACUGCCCCCUCGCCGCGCUUCGCCGUGACCACGGCUGCUGCACGGCGCUUCGACGCGCCGCCCACGCCCAAGGCCUGCUUUUCGGCGCCUUCGCCAGCACCGCCGCCGCCCGCCUCGCCCCAGGGCUGCAAGAGGAGCUACGUGGAUCACGGCACCCAGUACACCCCGCCCGGCUUCCCCCCCACCUACCGCCCACAGCCCCCCCAAGACGCCCUCGCCCUCGCCCUCGACGUCGCCCAGAGCCGCACCGAGACGCCCGCCCGCGACCUCGCCACGCCCACCGACGCCGCGCCUGCCCACGCCUCGAGUGCUGCUGCCAUUGCGCCCACGGAGCGGGGCAUUGCCCCCGCCGCGCCUGCCGUCACGGAGCCCACAGAGCCUCAAUUGCGGCCCUCGCCGCAGCCUGCUGCGCCCGCACACGAUGCAUUGACCCGUCCGCGUUCGUCGUCGCGCGAGAGCGUGCCCGCUGCCACAGAGCCCGCGUCCGUUCCGCCCGCCGUGAGCACCGUCUUGCAGGUGCCUGCAUCGCCAGCCAAGCGAGCCCGCCCGCAGGAGCCCAGCCUCAAGGUCAUGCCCCUCCAGUACGAGACGUGCGAUGUCAAAGACCUGGGCGUGCUCAUCUCCGACAUGCUCAUGGAGCUGGUGCGCCUCAACGACGGCUACCCGCUGCGGGACGGUACGCUGACAAGAUUCCACUCGAGAGCCCCGCCUGGCAUAUCCGUCCGCGACUACCUCUCGCGCCUCAUCGUGCACGCUACCUUGUCUCCGCCGAUUCUCCUCUCCAUGGUCUUCUACGUCGACAAGCUGUGCGCCAUGUACCCCGCCUUCACAAUCAGCAGCUUGACGGUGCACCGAUUCCUGAUAACGGCCGCAACCGUGGCGGCCAAGGGCUUGAGUGACAGCUUCUGGACAAACAGCCUGUAUGCAAGAGUGGGUGGUGUGAGUGUGCGUGAAUUGGCACUGCUGGAACUGGAAUUUCUCAGGAAGCUGGAGUGGCGCAUUGUGCCCAAGCCCGAGGUGCUGGUAGACUACUACAAAGGCCUGGUCGACCGUGGGGCUGGAUACAUGAUGGAAAAGGAGCCAGCAUCAGCACCAGCCACCAGCGCGGACCAAACGCUCGCCUCGAACGGGUCGGCGACGGGCAUUCAUACACACGAAUCAGGCAUGUAG